GGCUGGGGCCGCUGCCCCAAGCCCCGCCACGGAUCGCCUGGUGGUAGGGCUGCACGGCUCCAGGCUGAGGGUCGGUCCGGAGGCGGGUGGGCGCGGGUCUCACCCGGUUUGUCCGGGCGGCACCGUCCCCGGGCCCCCCGGGCGCCGCGAGAGAUCAUGUCUACAGCCUCCGCAGCCUCCUCCUCCUCCUCGUCUUCGGCCGGUGAGAUGAUCGAAGCCCCAUCCCAGGUCCUCAAUUUUGAAGAGAUCGACUAUAAGGAGAUCGAGGUGGAAGAGGUUGUUGGAAGAGGAGCCUUUGGAGUAGUUUGCAAAGCUAAAUGGAGAGCGAAAGAUGUUGCUAUUAAACAAAUAGAAAGUGAAUCUGAGAGGAAAGCCUUUAUUGUAGAGCUUCGGCAGUUAUCCCGUGUGAACCAUCCUAAUAUUGUAAAGCUAUAUGGAGCCUGCUUGAAUCCAGUGUGUCUUGUGAUGGAAUAUGCUGAAGGGGGCUCUUUAUAUAAUGUGCUGCAUGGUGCUGAACCAUUGCCAUACUACACUGCUGCCCAUGCAAUGAGUUGGUGUUUACAGUGUUCCCAAGGAGUGGCUUAUCUUCAUAGCAUGCAACCCAAAGCUCUAAUUCACAGGGACCUGAAACCACCAAACUUACUCCUGGUUGCAGGGGGGACAGUUCUAAAAAUCUGUGAUUUUGGUACAGCCUGUGACAUUCAGACACACAUGACCAAUAACAAGGGGAGUGCUGCUUGGAUGGCACCUGAAGUUUUUGAAGGUAGCAAUUACAGUGAAAAGUGUGACGUCUUCAGCUGGGGCAUUAUUCUUUGGGAAGUGAUAACACGUCGGAAACCUUUUGAUGAGAUUGGUGGCCCAGCUUUCCGAAUCAUGUGGGCUGUUCAUAAUGGUACUCGACCACCAUUGAUCAAAAAUUUACCUAAGCCCAUUGAGAGCCUGAUGACUCGUUGUUGGUCUAAAGAUCCUUCUCAGCGCCCUUCAAUGGAGGAAAUUGUGAAAAUAAUGACUCACUUGAUGCGGUACUUUCCAGGAGCAGAUGAGCCAUUACAGUAUCCUUGUCAGUAUUCAGAUGAAGGACAGAGCAACUCUGCCACUAGUACAGGCUCAUUCAUGGACAUCGCUUCUACAAAUACUAGUAAUAAAAGUGACACUAAUAUGGAGCAAGUUCCUGCCACAAAUGACACUAUUAAACGCUUAGAAUCAAAGUUGUUGAAAAAUCAGGCAAAGCAACAGAGUGAGUCUGGACGUCUAAGCUUGGCAGCCUCCCGUGGGAGCAGUGUGGAGAGCCUGCCCCCCGCCUCUGAGGGCAAGAGGAUGAGUGCUGACAUGUCUGAAAUAGAAGCUAGGAUUGCUGCAACCACAGCCUAUUCCAAGCCAAAACCGGGCCACCGUAAAACCGCUUCAUUUGGCAACAUUCUGGAUGUCCCUGAGAUCGUCAUAUCAGGCAACGGGCAGCCAAGACGUAGAUCCAUCCAAGACUUGACUGUAACUGGAACAGAACCUGGUCAGGUGAGCAGUAGGUCAUCCAGUCCCAGUGUCAGAAUGAUCACUACCUCAGGACCAACCUCAGAAAAGCCAACUCGAAGUCAUCCAUGGACCCCUGAUGAUUCCACAGAUACCAAUGGAUCAGAUAACUCCAUCCCAAUGGCUUAUCUUACACUGGAUCACCAACUACAGCCUCUUGCACCAUGCCCAAACUCCAAAGAAUCUAUGGCAGUGUUUGAACAGCAUUGUAAAAUGGCCCAAGAAUAUAUGAAAGUUCAAACAGAAAUUGCAUUGUUAUUACAAAGGAAGCAAGAACUAGUUGCAGAACUGGACCAGGAUGAAAAGGACCAGCAAAAUACAUCUCGUCUGGUACAGGAACAUAAAAAGCUUUUAGAUGAAAACAAAAGCCUUUCCACCUACUACCAGCAAUGCAAAAAACAACUAGAGGUCAUCAGAAGUCAGCAGCAAAAACGACAAGGCACUUCAUGAUUCUCUAGGACUGUUAAAUUUUAAAAUAUGCAAAGGAAGACUUUUUUAAAAAGAAAGAAAAACCCUUAUAAUGACAAUUCAUGAGUGUUAGCUUUUUGGCGUGUUCUGAUUUUGCCAACUGCCUAUAUUUGCUGCAUUUGUUUUUUCCUUUUCUCGUGGUGGAAAUGCAAUUCCACCGUCUCGUUGCAUAACAUGGUGGCAUCUGUGACUUGAAUAAGCAGCAGUUCUCAACUUCAAAACAAAUGCAGUGAACUGUGACUGUAUAUGCAUGCUCAUUGUGUGAAGGCUAGCCUAACAGAACCUGGGGUAUCAAACUAGCUGCUAUAUGCAAACAUUGUCGUUUUUUCUGUAUUAGAGGUGGAACCUCAAGAAUGAUUUUGUUCUUGUAUCUCAUCUCAAAAAACUAGUAAUUUUUUUUCCCAAAAUAUGGUAUAUACCAAGUUAAAGACAGGGUAUUAUAAAUCUAGACUAGUGGUGGUGUAUUACAGAAAUACAGAACCUUUAGGAAUAGUUUAUGGGCUUUGAUGCCAGCAUCCUGGGAUCAGUACUGAACUUAGUUCCAUCCAUAAAAUAUUUAAAGGUAAGUGAUGGCUGCUGUGUUUAAUGAAAGCAAUUUUACCGGAUUUCAUUAGACUAAAUAUGAUUGAUACAUUGAAUAAAAUGGAACUCUUUUUUUUUUUAAGUCAUGAAGAUUUUUAAUCCUGCGAUUAUGUGUAUGUGUGUUGAAACUGUAAAGCUUUUAUGACUCUAAUAUUAGUAUCUCUUAAAUGAAGUUAAAAGGCAAAAGAAUAUGAUCCGUCUUAAAUGAUCAUUCCUUCCUGCAAUGAUUAUUGGAUUGUUUUACCAUAUAUUUGAAAAAACUGAAGAGAAAUAAUGGAAAAUGGAAAUAAUUACUCCAGCUAAAAGGCUUGGUCUUAGAUUUCUUUUUACAAUACCAAACAAGGAAUAAACUGGGUAGAUCAGGAAAAGUUAGAAAGGAAGUUAAAGAAGUAAAUAUAAAUUCAUCAAGUAUCCUUCUUAUCCUAGAUAUUGGGAUAAUUGAUUUUCCUUGCAAGCCCACUCUAGAAUGCCCGCUGCCUUUCAACACUUUUAAGAGAAUUUCAACACUUACAAAGAGAAUAUUUAUAUUGUUAACAAUAGCUUUGCUACAGCCUUCAGAAUAAAAGUAAUAAUAAAACAUAAUUGAAAUAAUA